AGUUGCCCGUCCAUAUCAGAGCAAUGAUAUGCCAGAGGGAAAUAAUGCACCUAAGACCACCAAAGAGAACAAAACCAAGACCGAGAGAGGUGGAGAAGAAGGCGGUCAUUGCGCGAAAUUAAUCGAAGAGAUUGAAAAGUUGAGUGGACCGAAGAAGUUCUCCUAUGAAGAGUCGAUGAUCGCUACCGAUUCUUUUGCACAUGACAGGAUUCUGGGAGGAGGAGGUUUUGGCGAUAAUGUUGCUUGUGUACGUUUAAAAGUUGCCCGUCCAUACCGGAGCAAUGAUAUGCCAGAGGGAAAGAAUGCACCUAAGACCACCGAAGAGAACAAAACCGAGACCAAGAGAGGUGGAGAAGAAGGGAAAUUAAAGGACGAGUUGGAUCUGACCCAAAAAAAAUAUAAAGAAGAGGAAGAGUUGACAAACCUGGGUGUGCCCAAGAAGUACUCCUAUAGAGAGUUGAGCGGCGCGACCAAUUCCUUUGCAAGUGGCCUGAAAUUGGGACGAGGAGGCUUCGGGAUCGUGUACAAAGGGUACAUAGGAGAAGAUUGCACACCGGUCGCUGUGAAGAAAAUAAGAUAUGGUUCACGCCAAGGGAGAGAGGAGUAUAUAUCCAAGGUGAAAUCGUUGAGCCAACUUGGGCACAUACACUUGGUGAAACUUAAAGGCUAUUGUCACGAGGCGAAUAAAUUCAUCCUGGUUUACAAAUUCAUGAAACAAGGUAGCUUGGCGGAUCACCUGUUUGAAGACAAACCCUUGUUGACAUGGGAAAGGAGGUACAACAUCGCUCUGGGAUUAGCCAAGGCGCUGCAUUACCUGCACAAACAAUUUCGUCAAUGCAUAAUCCACAAGGAUAUCAAAUCCGACAACGUCAUGCUCGAUGAAAAGUUCGAGGCCAAAUUGGGAGAUUUCGGCUUGGCUAAGCUAGUUGACCACACCAGAGUCCCAAGCACAACCCAAGUGAAAGGAACACUGGGUUACUUGGCUCCGGAAUACUUUCGAACGGGUAAGGCAAGUAAGGAAUCUGACAUCUACAGUUUCGGAGUCGUCCUAUUGGAAAUAUUAUGUGGGAGAAAAGCCCCCGACUUGAAACUAGCAGAACAAGGCUGCCUUGUUCUGUGGGUUUGGAAGCGUAGUGGAUGCAGGAGCUGGUGGGGGCGCCGGUUUUGGAAUCUUCACCUUCCGGUGGACGAGAGGCUCGGGAAGGAUUUCAACAAAAAACAGGCGGAGGCCUUGAUGAUUGUGGGGCUGUGUUGUGCUCAUCCCUUUGCUAGGUCUCGGCCUUUGAUUGAAGAGGCAAUGGUCGUUUUGAACUUGACGUUAGAGCCUCGCAAACUCUCCUCGAAGAUGCCAAGUUUCGACAUAUAAUUGACCCAAACGUCUUGUCUAAAUACAUUUGGCUUAAUAUCUCAUUUUGGUAAUUGCUAAUUUUGGUAGCGCACUUCAUUUUGUUCGUAA